AUGGGUUCAGUUGCAUCGGGCCCGUUGGCUGCUGCCGAUGUGGGGGCCCUAAACCCUGAAUGCAGGGAGCGGCUGCUGGAGCAGCAGGGGCUAGCAGCAGCAGCAGCAGCAGCAAGUGGUUCUGCUGCUUCUUCAUUGGCGGUGCAGCAGCUGCUGGGGCUCGGUGAAGGCAGCGGCAGAGCAGCAUUCUACACUUUCUUUGCUGGCAGCCGCUGGGCUGCAGCGCUGCAGCAGCAGCCGGAUGCAGCAGCAGCAGCAGCAGCAGCAGCAGCACAGCGCCGCUGGGCUGCAGCGCUGCAGCAGCAGCCGGAUGCAGCAGCAGCAGCAGCAGCAGCAGCACAGCCAGAGCUGCUGCAGCGGGAGCAGGAAGCCCUGCAGCAACUCGCCAGGCAGCAGCAAGAAGAAGAAGAGCUAGAAGCGGUGUGUGCAGCAGCAGCAGCAGCAGCAGUCAAUUCCCCAGCAGCAGCAGCAGUAAUAAAAGCUGCGCCAGGAGGGAGCACAACAGCAGCAGCAGCAGCAGCAGCACCUGCUGCUGCUGCUGCUCACACUGAUGCUGCAGCAGCUAAAUGUCGCGGCUGCAUGCAGCAGCAGCAGGUCCUUCGUGUUGCUGCUGCACCUGCUGCUCUGGUGCUGGAGGGGCCCCACGGCAGCGAGGCCCCCAACCAGCAGCAGGUCCUUCGUGUUGCUGCAGCACCUGCUGCUCUGGUGCUGGAGGGGCCCCAUGGCAGCGAGGCCCCCAACGUACUGUGUUACGUGAAUGAGGGGGCCCCCAGCAGCAGCAGCAGCAGCAGCACUGUUGACUCCCCCGAGCAGCAGCAGCAGCAGCAGCAGCAGCAUCACGGCAGCAGCAGAAGCAGCAGCAGCAGCCUCGCGUCAACCCCUUUGGUUCUGAGCAGGAGCGGCAGCAAGUCAUCCUUAACAGGAAGCAGCAGCGCAGCAGCAGAGGGUGAGGAGGAUGAGUUGCUGCUGCAGCAGCUGCUGCAGCAGCUGCAGCAGCAGCAGGCAGCUAUGCCCAUACAGGGGGUUGUGUUGUAUGAGCUGCAUAGACACCUGAAAAAGGGAGACAGUCUGCUGCUGCGGGCCCGCAGCAGGAAGCAGCAGAAGCAGCUGCGGCGCCACCUUAUGCAGCAGCACAACACACGCAAGGUGUUUAUCUCCCCCCACCGUCUGCGGCAUCGUUCUAUCCAGCAGCAGCAGCAGCAGCAGCAACAGCAGCAGCAGCAGCAGCAGCAGCUGCAGCAGCAGCAGCAGCAGCAGCGAGAGCCAUCCCCCCCCGCAGCAAUGGUGAGGAUGGAGUCCGAUGAGCUGAACGUCGAUGAGGCCCACUUUGAGUUUCUUGCUGCCAAGCCUGCCCCGCAGCAGCAGCAGCAGCAGCAGCAGCAGCAGCAGCAGCAGCAGCAGCAGCAGCAGCAGCAGCAGCAGCAGCAGCGAGAGCCAUCCCCGCCCGCAGCAAUGGUGAGGAUGGAGUCCGAUGAGCUGAACGUCGAUGAGGCCCACUUUGAGUUCCUUGCUGCCAAGCCUGCCCCGCAGCAGCAGCAGCAGCAGCAGCAGCAGCAGCAGCAGCAGCAGCAGCAGCUGCAGCAGGAGUGCAACAGCAGCAGCAUAAGCAGGAGAAGCACUCGCAGCGGCAGCUACUUCAAAGGCACCACCAGCCACAGAACAGCGCAGUCCUGGGUACCGCAUGCAGCUGCUGCUGUCGGUGCAGUGCGGCACAAGCACCGCGCAGACACCCCGCAGCAGCAGCAGCAGCAGCAGCAGCAGCAGCAGCAGCAGCAGCAGGGAGAAGUUGUUAUGAAUUGGUGGACAGACAUUCAAAGGACCUUCUCCAGCAUCUUCACGCCGGGGCAGGAGGGUGCUAACAUGGGCCCUGCUGCUGCUGCUGCUGCUGCUGCUGCGCAGGAGAAGCACUCGCAGCGGCAGCUACUUCAAAGGCACCACCAGCCACAGAACAGCACAGUCCUGGGUGCCGCAUGCAGCUGCUGCUGUCGGUGCAGUGCGGCACAAGCACCGCGCAGACACCCCGCAGCAGCAGCAGCAGGAAGCAGCUACGAGCAGCAACUGCAGCAAACCGUAGCAGCAGCAGCAGCAGCAGCAGCAGCAGAAGCAGCAGCAGCAACAGCAGAACCAGCAUGA